CACUCGACAGAUAAUUAAAAAGAGGAAGAAGAUUUACCAGUUUAUCGUCAGCAGCCGUGUGUGUGUGACCCGCUCGUGUGAGAAGCGACAGGUGGCUGGCGAGGCGGUGUUACAACAUGUGAACUUAGCACACUCAUGGAGACAAGAAGAAGGCCUGAAAACACGACCUUGCCAGCAGGAUCCAGGAAGGGUCGACGCACCGACUACAGAUGACGCUACUGUAUUGGGAGAUGAGUGCUAUGGGACUCGAGGCCAGGCUCCGUAUGGCUGGUAACACUCGUGUAGGCUCAACGGGGUGCUAAACUAUAUAAGGAGUCAUCGCCCUUGGUUGUCUGUCACUCCGACAUGACUCCACGCGUCCUGCCAGUGGCCACAGUUCUUCUGGUGGUAUUUGGUGCGGCGGCGGCGUUCCUGGCCACGCCGCUCAACACCACCGACCCGGAUGUGGCUGCCAUCCUGUGUCCAGAGCAGACUGUGGGCGUGACGCGAGACCACAAGUGGAUCACCCGCGAGGCCAUCCGUCGCAACAUCCGUCGCUUCUUCCUGGACAACCCGCCACCCGAGCAGUCCGACUUCAACGUGCCCACAGACGCCAGCCUCAGCGAGCUCUACCACGUCUACUACGGUGCCUACGCGUCGCCGGCUCGCUUCAUCAAUGCAGUAAACUCCAUCGCAGCGGCCAACGUCCGAGCUGACUCUGCCCGCCAGCUUAGGUACGAUCCCAGCAUCCAGGCAGACGGCGAGGCAUUGGGUGACCUGCAAGAUAAACUGUCCUCCAGGUAUCCUCAGCUUCUGACGUCCAUCCUAGUGAACGAAGCUUACUCGGCCGCGCGCUCACUCCUCGGCCUCUCCCUCCACUCCAUCCAGAAGUUCUACGCGCACUCCACCUGGGUCGAGGCGGGUAACACUGACAUUCUCCCCGACCUCGGACUCCCUGGCAGCCUUAUUGACAACGUUGCGGGGCCCGAGGAGGACGUCUGCACACCUUGUUCCCAGAGUCAGGGCUCGUGUGAGGGUAACGUGGUCGCGGGCGCUGGCCUCACCACCGGGUAUUACCAGUUCACCGACGAGGACGCUGAUGACUUCCUUAUCCCCAAGCCCUCCUCUGGCGGCAAAUGCAGUCACGGAGGCACGCUGGACGAGAGCGCUGCCCAGCCGGCCAUCGGGGGUAUCAACAAGGACACGGCCUCGCCCUGCUUCUCGCCGCACCACCACCUCCACCAGCAAGCCGCAGACCUCGCCGUGCAGGCCACCGAACACUACCUAGACGUGGUGCUGGACGCAGUGGGCAGCGACAAGUACCGGCGGCUAUUCGAUCUUUACCAAGGCUCAGCGCUCUCCAUCGUGAUCGACACCACGAGUUCGAUGACGAGUGAGAUCAACGCCGUCAAGGAUCAGGUGGCGGAGAUCGUGGCCUCCAUCCCAACGGAGCUGUAUAUUCUUGUCCCGUUCAACGACCCUACCGUGGGUCCCGUGACGAAGACUGACGACUCUGACGAAUUCCUCGCGGCUGUCAACAAGCUGAAUGCCUACGAAGGCGGCGAUAUCCCGGAAUUGUACUGGCAAGGACUGCAGCUCGCCCUCACCAACACCCCAGACUACGGCAACGUCUUCUCCUUCACGGACGCCGAGGGGAAGGACGGCGAGAUCAUGGAGAGCGUCAUAUCACUGGCGCAGGAACGUAACAUCAAGGUGACGGUCAUUUUCAGUGGAUACCUUGGUUAUAAAGACGCCUCGAGCACUACUGUCGGUGUGGAAACUCGUGACCCGCGGUUGGUGACUGGCGUGGACGAGUACCGGCGACUGGCGGACUCUACAGGCGGCCUCUUCAUCCCCUCCUCCAAGUUUGAAGUUGACGCCAUCACGCCCAUCCUCGGUGAUAGCGUUCAGAGCGUUGAUGUGGACAUUACGAUGUUGAAGGACGUGACCGGGGAACACCUCAUCCAAGUACCUAUCGACGACUCCAUUCAGGACUUCGAGGUGCAGCUGGUGGGGUACAUGGACUCCGCCGUGAUGAAGGACAUGACAGGCACGACGUACGACCUGCUGGACAACGCGGCACUGGAGGCGGCGGCAGUGGAGGUAGUCACGUCCUCGGCGGCACUGCGACUCCUGCGCUUCACCAACCCUCGCUUCGGCCCGUGGACCCUCGACUUGGCGGCGGACUCUGCCUACUCGGUGAACGUGAACGCCAACUCCUCCCUCAGCUGGCUCGGGGGGUUCUCCGUCCUCGACCCUUCGCCCCCGCACCCCCACUUCAGCGAGGUGGAAGGCCGCCCCCUCACAAACACGGUGUAUUACGUGGACGUCACCCUGAUUGGCUACCUGGAGAACAACGUUAUUGAUGUGCACAACAUUGAAUACAUCGACAACAGCGGCCUCACGUUGCGGAACAUCACUUACGAUGGAGACAUUGACGACGAGUUCUACAUCCGCUCCGAGCCCCUCCCGGAGCAGCCUUUCAAUAUGAGGCUGUGCGGACACGUGCAGUCUGGCAACGAGUUCUGCCGCAUGCUGCCCGUGCUGAUCACCCCCGUGCAGGCCAGCGUGGAGGUGUGGGCCACGUCGGAGGACCUCUCGACCCGCCCAGGGGAAAGCACCGCUGGAGACUUCCUCAUCACGAACUACGGCCUCGACUCUGACUUCCAAGUGUCUGUCACCGACGACAUGAAGUAUUUUACGAGCCUCAGUCCAUCCACCAUCCACUUGAAAAAUAACGAGUCUGGAUUGGUGACGGCCACCUUCACCGUGCCGUCUAGCAGCCUGCCCGGCACCGUCAGUACCAUUGUCUUCACGGCCCAGAGUGUGAAGCAGACGCACUCCGUCAACAGCGCCGUAACUCAGCUCGUCGUGCUGCCCGAGACGGUUGACACGGCACCUCCAUCAUGCAGUCUGGACCCCGAGCCAGACUGCAGCGGCUACACGGACGCCGCCAUCUGUGCCCAAAAGAACUGGACCACCACGGCCACCCUGCAGGACUCAACUUCAGGUCUGAGCAAUGCCUACGCGAUUCCCGCCGGCUUCGGGUCAGAGGUCACCGGACUGAGCCCCGGAACGACCAACCCCGUGACGGUCUACUAUGAAGCUUCCUGUUGCAAUCCCCAGGUGGAUAUUAUUGGCGUGGACACCGUGGGCAACGUGGGCAAGUGUAGUAUUGACAUGGGCGUUUUAGGAGGAGCCAUCCUGGACCUGGAGGUGGAGUCCGUGGGCGUGCACUGGGCCAUGCUGCGCUGGACCCUCACCGAGAGCGUCCUGGAGCUGCACAAGUACUCGCUCCUCAUCAACGACGACUUCACCUCAGAGUUCCGCUGCACCGAGGCUGAGUGUCAUCACAACGUUACGGACCUCCAGCCCUGCAGUCUCCAGACCUUCCAGCUGACGCCUUACUUUUACCUAGGGGAGGAGGACCGUCUCGGCCUGCCCGCCUACACCGACGCCACCACCCUCGAUCUCGAGCCCGGUUCGCCCGUCAACGGCAGGCAAAUCAACUCCACCAUUACUACGGCCACAGUCGCCUGGGAUUCCGUGAACUCUUUUUGCCUUCACCAGUUCCAGGUGUGUUACCGGCCCUACGGCUUCCCGGGGACGGAGGUGUGCGAGCGGACCAGCGCCGAGUUGUACGAACUGCGCGGUAUCGAGCCCUGCGCCGUCUACGUGGUCACGGUGGUCUCCCUCUCGCCCUCGGGACUACCCAGCGACCCUCUGGAGUUUUACAUCAACAGUGACGAAGCAGACCCCGAGGCGCCCAGGAACGUGGAGGUGGAGCAGGUCACAGAAACCACCGUCAGCCUCACUUGGGACGACCCGCUCCACCGUGUUCUGUGCAUCGACAGGUACAUGAUAUCGUACGGCGAGGUCGAGUUGAUGAGGACGCAGGGGGAUCGAGGGGCCCACGUCACCCUCAGGCAGAACCAGGCCACUGUCUCGGAGCUUCUGCCGUGCACCAACUACACCUUCGUGGUAGCCGCCGUUUCUUUUACGGGAAAAGUCGGACCCGGUGCCCAGAGGAGCGCUGCGACACUAGAGAUGGAAGAUCCCAGCCCCGUGGAAGCGCUACUUGUCGAGCCCAACACCACCACUUCCCUGAAAGUCUCGUGGUCCACGGAUAGAGUCUGUGUCGACCACUUCUCCGUUUGCUACUACGAACACUCUGUACCGGAGAUAAAGUGUCAUGACGAAUACAACACUGAUACCAUCCUAGAGGACUUGUUCCCGUGCACUGAUUACAGCGUCAUCGUCACCGCCAUCACGCCUUCAGGAAGGGAAAGCGAGGAAACCUACAGCGGGGCCACGACUCUCGAAGUCACCCCUGGAGAGCCCCGGAACUUGAAGGUGCUGGAGAGGACGUCUCACACACUGCAGUUAAGCUUCGACCCGCCGACCACUGGCAUCCAGUGCGUCAAUGAAUAUGACAUCCAGGGAAUAAAAUUAGAUUCUUAUUCAUCGAGGGACAAAAUCAUCUGGGGGAAGGUGCCUGUAGAACCUUAUCAGGAAAGUUUGUUUACCAACCUCAUGGCCUGUGCCAACUACGAGAUACGUGUACGCUCCGUGACGCGAGGCCUCCUCACCAGUGACUGGGUGUCCGUGGUCACCAGCACACUGGAGGACACGCCCAGUGUACCACGCAACUUGCAGCUGUUGGACGCCACGCCUACGACUUUGACGGUGCAGUGGUGGGAGCCGAUGGACAACUACUUGUGUGUUGACAAGUACAGCGUCAGGUGGUGGCACCACCGCGGAGGGAUCGAAGGCAACCAGAUGUUAGUACUGAGAAGCACACGAAGCCCAUUGGUGGACCCCAUGACCCUGCCAAACCUCGACCCAUGCACCGAAUACAAUGUGGAAGUGGUGGCCGUCACGCCCAAUGGAGAGGAGAGUGCAGCUGCACCCCUCACGGCUUUUACUACUGGCUGUGUCCACUAAGGAUGAAGUGGAGUGUCAAGCCGCCGCUUUCAUCAUUUCAAGGCGCCCACUGACAGCCUAACAAUUGUCCACUCCUUCCCUCACUUCCAAAAGUCAUCAUGUCACUCUGUAUGAGGUAAUUGUGCAAGCGUCGAGUGGUUUCAGUAAAUUUAAUUGAUAAAUAUAUAUAGGAACA